AUGCCGUCUAACGGGUCAAGGGAAUUUGAUGGCUGGUGUAUGGAGGUUGAAGAGGAUGGCAUGCUACCUUUCCUGGAUGUCCUAAUCAAAGAGACCAGAUGGCUAAAUGAGCCAUUCUGUCUACAGGAAAAUUCAGAAGGAAAUAAGUGGGUGUUGGAGCUCAUACAACUCAGCCGUGAUAUGCUCAAGAAAUCGUACAGCCCUUACAGCAAAUUCCCAGUAGGCGCUGCUCUGCUCACCACCGAUGGAACCAUCUACACUGGCUGUAAUGUGGAGAAUGCGUGCUACAACCUUGGAAUUUGUGCUGAGCGAACAGCUAUUUUUAAAGCUGUCUCCGAGGGUCAUCACAGCUUCAAAGCCAUAGCCGUGGCAGCUGACGUUUCUGAUGACUUCAUCUCACCAUGCGGAGCAUGCAGGCAGGUCAUGCGAGAGUUUGGCACAGAAUGGACGGUUUUCUUGACAGCUCGACAUGGCUCUUCAUAUCGUGCGUACUCGGUGGAAGAGCUGCUGCCCAUGUCCUUUGGUCCUCACCAUCUCAAACAGAAUAAGAUUUCUCCUGGAAGCAUUGUGGCAGAACACAACCAAUCUCACGCUUGCACAUUAACUCAUGUCAUCACCUUAUCAGAAGAACGCUGGCGAACAGAGUGGACCAACGCAGAUGUCCAGAAUAAAGACCUCAUUCGAGACCCAAACAUCGCACCUCCUGGCUUUGACAGUCCAUGA